AUGGGCCAGUACCCGCACAUGUUCUUGCCCAGCGGCGUCUCGCAAGUUCCCCCACAUGUACUGUUGAGCGAAUAUCAGACUUCAGUGGGCUUUUGUGGCGCUGGGAAGGACGAUCCAUUGGUUCCGGGCAGGCCAUGCAGCCAUAUCUUCAAGAAGGGAGAAAGUUGCUACAGAUGCAAAGAUUGUGCACUGGAUGAUAGUUGUGUCCUGUGUUCGCGAUGCUUCCAUGCCACGGACCAUUCAACACACAAUGUUAGUUUCUUCAUCGCCCAACAAUCCGGCGGGUGCUGCGACUGUGGCGACGAAGAGGCGUGGCGUGCAGACAUUCGGUGUCCUCAUCACCCACCGGCGGGUCCGAACGAUCCCCAAGACACGACUCCCCGUCUAAUUCUCAAGCCGCUUCCGAAUGAACUUCCCCCAGCACCAAACUACCCUUUCCGCGUGGCAGCCCCGCCCGAUCUCAAAAACGCCAUGCGCAGAACAAUAGGUUUCGCGUUGGACUUCAUGCUCGACACCCUUGAUUAUUCGCCUGACGAGCCAACUGUUCCAGCCAACGAGGCCGAUCUUCGUUUGCAACCAUCUGCAGACCCGAUGAUGAAGGACCAAUAUUGCAUCGUACUAUGGAACGACGACAAACACUCCUACGACGAGGUUACAAAGCUCCUCGUUGACAUGACCAAUCUGUCACAAGAAGAUGCUGCGAUGCUUACGCGGCGGAUAGACGAGAUGGGGAGGGAGAUUAUCGACAUGAACUCAAAUGUGGCGCGUCUACUAGAGACGGCACAAGCAAUAACGCAGAUCGACCUCGGAGUGACGAUACGCAGAGCGUAUGACACAUUCUGCGAACAGGUUGUAGGGGUGAUUAUAGAGUGGCUUUUGGACUUGACGAGGAGUCGGCUCGGGACCGAUACCCUAGUGAUAAGGGAGGCUCUGGCAGCGGAAUUGUUGAGUCCGCGGAGGAGAGAUUCAUUCACGAAGCAUUUGACGCCUCCAUGUGCGUUAAACCUGGACGCAGAGAUACCGAACCCGACGAGGAUCGAUACUUUGUUGCUCUAUCACACUAGACUCUGGAAGCGGCCUCGGCUUAGUUUGAAAGAGGUUUAUGCCUCUGUUAUCUCGGUCAGCAGGGCCCAUAAACUAGCAGUCGCCGGCCAUUUUGCGAACAUCUAUCAUCGGGUGAUCGAUGCAUACUUGCUCGUCGAUCGCGAAGCUGAAACGAGCAUCAAGUACUUCGCACUUCAGCUAUUCACCGUACCAUCCGUGUCUGGCCACAUAGCGAGAAACCACAGACUCGUCCAACGUCUCCUGGCCAUCAUAACAAGCUUCUUCACCAACCGGAUCGUCGACAAAAGGAUUGUCUACCCCGGUUCCUCUACGUCCGCCGUCGCCUCCUCGAAUAGCACAUCAACCUUUCCUGGAUCUGGUUCAAUACCCUCCCCAACAUCAUCCUCUAUCACUACUGCCGCACUUGGAACUAUCGAUGUCGACUCUUUCCCCUUCAAGUCGAAACGGUUCAUGCCCGUCUUCAGUGAUCUGCGGUAUCUUGCGCAUACAACCCAGGUCCAGGAUCUUAUCGCACACUCGCCCGCAUACCUCUCGGCCUUCGCGUCCACAUGCAGGCUCUUCAUGUGCUUGAACCCAAACAAACGAGCUGUAGACAGCCAUGUCGAGUAUGAAACCGAUGCAUGGAUCAGUGUGUUCAACGUCACACUUAGCUUAAGUCGCGUCAUCAAGGUAUUCGGCGAGGCUUUUGCGCGUGCAACGAACACAGAGUUGGUCGGAGCCAUCGGGACUGUUGUGCACCAUAUACUCAUGGUUGUCACACUUGCUGAGGAACGACUUGACCGGAGCAAAUUCUCGCCACCUUCUUUCCAUCAAAUCGAGUUCGGAGGGCGAAGUUAUCAGACGGUCAAGUUCGACGUGGGAGAGGGCUGGAUCAGCUUUCACCAUUCAUUGCAUUGGCUUUUAGCGGAGCUCUUGAAGCACACCGAUUUACUUGGGGAUGGUCUGAAGAGCGUCGGCUAUGAGGGUGGUUUACGGGAGGUUUUUGCCAGAUCUGCGAGCGAACAAGCGGUUCUAAGUGUUGUCGACUUUCCCCUGCGAGUCCUUGCGAUGAUUGCCCAAAUCAGGACUGGCCUCUGGGUACGCAAUGGCUUCGCCAUCCGUGGACAGCUGCUGCACUACAGAGAUUACAUGCUCCGCGAGCUUUGCUAUGACCAAGAUCUAUUCAUCCUUCAAACCGCCCUCGUAAUUCUUCCUUCUGACCUGGUUAUCGUCUCUAUCCUCGACCGCUUCGGGCUUCUUGGCUACUUCUCUGGAUCCUACCUCCACACGCAUUAUGAAGGCACACAGCUCGGGAGCAUGGUCGAAGAGCUGUUCUACGUGCUCAUCACCAUCCUCAGCGAGAAUGCCAAUGCAAGCAAGAUGCCGAUGCACCUUGCCAUACGGAGAGAAAUCGUUCAUGCACUCGCGAUGGGACCAUGCAGCUUUUCAGAUCUUGUGAAACGUGUCGCAGAGCGGCUCGUAGAUGAUCCUUCGUUCGAGAGUAUGCUCCGCGAAGUGGCGAAUUUUCGACCUCCGGAAGGAGCGACCGAAACAGGCGUAUAUGAACUCAGGGACGAGGCCUUCGACGAGGUCAACCCGUUCUUUUAUCACUAUACUCGAAAUCGUAGGGAAGAAGUGGAGACCGUUCUCCGCAAACGCAUCGAGAAGAGAACAGGAAAGAAGGAGUGGGAGGUUGUUCUACCCCCGAAACCCUUCGGCGUCACCGAAGGUCCAUACAAAGGCAUCAGCGACGUAUGGGAAAGGGAGGUCAUGCUGCAAAUAACGUUCUACGCUAUAUGGAACGUGCUGGUUGUGACCGACUCUCUGGGGUUGUCUGUCAGCACAGGCACAGCGACAGGUUCAGCUCCACCCUCCGCCGAGGCAAUACUCGAUCAGGCGUUGCACCUCGCCAUGCUUGGUGUUGUUGAGAGGCCAAGAGGCUUCAGCACCCUCGCAUCAGCAAAGAGGUUCGAGGCGCAGAGUCAAGGGGGUGGUAAGACCCUCCUCGAUGUCCUUUGGGCCUUGGGCGCACACGAGAAGUACGCGAAGCUCUACAAGGCGCGUGUUGACUGGGUAAUGAACAAGAUGGAGGCUCAGGUCCCUGACGCUGUGCGUCGUCUUCGUGGCAUUGCAGCUCGGGCAGGCGAACAUGCCAAUGGGUCAGGUUCGAGAACUCCAGGUUUGGACAAGGAUGAAGAAAGGAAGAGGGCAGCGAAGAAGAGGCAAGAGGCCAUCAUGCAGCAAAUGAAGGCCCAGCAGGCCAGUUUUGCAAGCACUUUUGGCGAAAACUUCGAUUCAGACGAAGAUGAGGAUACCGAUGGGGGCGACGGGGAUUCGCGUAUGUCAGACGGGGACGGGAAAGCAGAGGAGGCAGAAAUUGUUUCAUUCGGGACGUGCAUUGUCUGUCAGGAAGACCUGAGCAGCGCCAGUCCAGCUGCAGGGAAACCUUUCGGUUCUCUUGGGCUCGUUCAACCUAGCCGACUGAUUAGACGGCAUCCCGAUGGGCAGAGUCCCUACCUUAACGAGGUCUUGCUCGCACCGUUGUCCAUGGAUCGUCCGUCAGCUCCGAGUGGUAGCCCCCCGGUCACAACAUUCCCACCUCCCCAAGCAGACUUGUAUGACGCCCGCUCGACGUCCCAUAAUUUUGAAGGCUUCCCGGCGAACUGUACUCGCUUUGGUCUGCAUAGUUCAGUUUGCAGCCAUCUCAUGCACCUGGACUGCUUCCAAGUUUACAGCGUGUCGAUCAGACAACGGCAUCGAGCGCAGGCGACGCGAAACCAUCCAGAAUGCAUCCCUCGAAAGGAAUUCAUCUGUCCCCUUUGCAAGAGCUUGGGUAAUGUUAUUCUUCCUGUGACCCAAGCAGACCAGAAAACACAGCUCAACCCGGUGCCGUUUUCCGAUUGGAUACGAGCUGCGGGCAUACAUAUCCUCAAGAGCAAGCCUGACCCUCUUCUGGAGUCACUGCAAUUCCGCAAUGGAACCGGAGAAUUCGUCUUCUGGAGCGCCCAGGACCCAGGCUACGCCAGCGCUAUCCGGAAGAACGUCGACAAGGAUAAGAUGGAUAGUACUCCAGAUGGAGGGAAGAUGCUCGACACUGUGAUGGUUAUCUCGAAAUCGAUCUCGCAGCAGACAAGGCACCUUCGAGAAAGAAUGGAACCUGAGCCAACAGAGCGUGGUGCCGGCAUAUACCUACCGGAGGAGCUGGUGGGAUAUACGAUUGCCGCAAUGGAGAUCCAGCAAAGAGGGAUUGGGAUAGACGCAUCCGCUACACCCGGAACCAUGAUGGUCGAUGCCCUAUCAGAGUCGCAGACGAGGAUGAUCAGAGGACUUUUGGCAUGUCUGACAAGGCUCGUGGCGCUCCAGUUCAAGAACCGCCCGGACGAAGGGAAAGAUGCCGUUCGUCAAGCGAUCAUCAAGAGGUUGCUGCCAGAGUGGAGCCGCACCUCCCUUACAUCGUUCUCCUAUCCCCUUCUUCUACGAGAUCCUUUCACGUUACUGGUCGAAACCGCUGCCAUUGCGCCCGAGAUGCUCCGUCACGUCCUGGUUUUGACCUAUUACGCCUGCCUGGCGCGAACGGUUGUCGGCCUGGUUUACAUACUAAACAAGUCGCGCAGUCACAACAUUUCACAGGUCCAACGCAGAGCACAUGAAGACAUAUUUGGUGACGUCCGCAUGUUCUUCAUGUCCGUCGUCCGGCAUUCGCCUGUAUUUGAGCACACAGCUACGAUGGCCUUCGAAACCUUCGGCGAAGCCAGAAUAGAAAAACUUCUAUAUGCAUUCACCCUACCUUUUCUCCGUCGCGCAGCCAUCCUCUGCCGAUCUGUCCUUCCUCUGGCCUUCCCGACACCGGCUUUUGACAAUCCGAAUGAACCCGAAUACAACCGUCUACUCUCUAUACUCGGAAUUCCUCCAUUAUCUGAUCUUCCUCACCACGACACACUCCAAAAUGCACUCUCUGGCUGGUGUGCUCACUACGGGCACUCACAUUCCGUCUCUCAGCUGAACUGCGGAGUUCUCUUGGACUACCCUGCCAUCUACCGUUUGGCAAGACUUCCUCUGGUCCUUGACAGCUUGUUCAAUCGACAAGACAAGGCAUUAAUGUGCAUGACCUGCGAGACCUUCCCGGUCGAUGCUGCGAUUUGCCUUAUUUGUGGUAUCACGAUAUGUUUGCAAAGCAACUGCUGCAUUGACGAGGAUUAUGGAAACCGCGGAGAGUGUAACAUGCACACACGAGAAUGCGGCGGCACGAUCGGCAUUUACUACUGUGUCAAGCGUUGCUGUGUGCUCUAUCUAAACUCAGGCAACGGGACUUUCACCCCUUCGCCAUACCUCGACGCGCACGGCGAAGUUGAUCUUUCCAUGAGCAGGCGCGGACGACGUCAGUUCUUGCACCAUGCCCGAUGGGAGGUCAUCCGUAAGACGUGGCUAUCACAUGGGAUUCCAAGCAUGGUUGCCAGAAAACUAGAAAGCACUCUUGACUCCGGAGGUUGGGAGAUGUUGUAA